GAGACCUCACUGGUAAGGUACUCUGCGAUCUAUCAAGACUCACUCUGCAGGAGCUGCAAUACAUCUGUCACCAUGAAGUUGUUUCUGGCAGGAAUUGUUCUGUUUCUGAUAGUGGAAACCAAUGCCCAGUGGUACAACUUUCCUCGUGAAGCAUUCCAAGGAAGUCGUGAUAUGUUGCGAGCAUACAAUGAUAUGAGGGACGCCAACUGGAAAAACUCUGACAAAUACUUUCAUGCCAGAGGAAACUAUGAUGCUGCCCAGAGAGGAGCAGGCGGUCGCUGGGCCGCUGAGGUUAUCAGUGAUGGCAGAGAGCUGUGGCAGGGGUCUGUGUCAGGUCGUGGUGCCGAGGACACUGCUGCUGAUCAGGAGGCAAACAGGCAUGGACGCAACGGAGGAGAUCCCAACAAAUACAGGCCGGAGGGACUCCCUGAGCAAUAUUAAUAUGAAAACCAUUAACCACUGAUGUUGGUAGUGUUGGAGUUACUCAUGAUGCAUCUACAGUAUACGUGGUUUUCCUCAACACAGAUUCAAAAUAAAAGACUUUCUGAUCUGAUCUCCUGCCUCUAAACCACCAGUCGUCGUAAUUGCAAGAAAGACAAUCCUCUUAUUAUUCAUUUAUUUGAAUAUCUAAUACAUGGAGGAAUUUACCCAAUCACUGGUGUUAAUUAUUGCCAUUGUUUUUUGGUUGUGUGUGAUACAAUCAUAAAGAAAUAAUGUGAGGGAACAAUGAAUACUUAAGAAAUUAAAUCUUAAUUAUGAGCCUGAAAUGCACAUAUAUAAGCAUAAUCAUUCACAUCAUUACAAUUUAAAUAUACAUUUAAAUAUAAUGAUGGUUUAAUAGUUUUUUUCAGAAAAAUAGUAGAUACACUCAUCUAAAAUAAUAU